CGCUCCACUCCACCGCCUGCGACAACUUUUCAAAUUCUCACAAACGAAACUCCCCGCCAUUAAAGUCCAUAACCUUUUCCUUUCCGCGUGACACUCACGCAGCUAGCGAUUUCCCAUCCAAGUGGUGUGUGUUAAACACGCUCCCUUGUUUCGAGUGAGUCCACUUCCCGAAUAUUCGGCGAUAUAAUGCUUCACAGGCACGAUUCUUAGGUGCACCCCCAAACGCGUAACAUGGUCCACGGUCUCUCACGAACCCACCGUUGUCGUACACCUGUGUAGAUUCAAUAAAACGACGAUCGUUUUGAGAAGGAGAGAGAAAGUCGACAAGUUCUAGAGAGAGAAAGUGAGAGAGUGCUAGAUCUGAUCGGAGCCAAGGUAAACCAGCUUCGAAACCCUACUGAAUCGUUCUCUCUCGAUGCGUUUUUUAUUAGUCUGAUUCUUCGUUUAUCUCUUGGUUCCGAUAAGGUUACGAGUGAACCCUAGAAGUUUUGAGGAUUGAUUUGGCGGUGGAAAAAGCCCAAAAAAUUUAGGGUUUUGAUUUUCGUUUCUUCUGAUAUUGUAUUUUACAAGAUUGUUCGAUUUGAAGGUGCGUAAAACCCUAGGAUUUUGGGGACUUUUUUUGGAUUGGUUUUGGAAUUAGGGUUUUGGAUGUAUGGCUUCGGGGCCUACGGAUGGAGCUAAAGAGAGGCAGAGAUACAUCGAAGGUAAGGUUUACAGAAGAAGAGUUUUCAGAGGUACCAAGAAAAACCCUAACGUAAGGGACACCGUAGCUUCCGCCACCACAACUACUAGAGAUGACAACGCCCCCACUACUACAGUCACCAAUGACACCAGUGAUAACAAGAAUAUCAAUAAUGAUGAAGCCAAGAGUAAUAAUGUUUUGGCUCAGCCACUGGUUCCUCAAUUGGCGGUGUUGGAGGAUGGGGAUUUAACUCACACCGAAGGGAGUUCAAGAUUGGAGGAUGGAAAUACUGCUCAGCCACCAGAGAGUUUAAGAUUAGAGGAUGGAAAUUCACCCCAACAGCAAUUGGAGGACCAGAAUUUGGUUGGGCAACAAGUGAUUUCAAGUACAGGGGAUGGGAAUUCACCUCAGCGGGAAUUGGAGGAGCAGAAUUCAGCUCAGCCACAAGCAAGUUUGAGAACAGGGGAUGGGAAUUCACCCCAGCAGUUAUUUGAGGAUGGAAAUACAGCUCAGGCACAUGAGAAUUCAAGAUUAGAGGAUGGAAAUUCACCCCAACAGCCAUUGGAGGACCAGAAUUUGAUUGGGCAACACGUGAGUUCAAGAACAGAGGAUGAAAAUUCACCUCAGCAGCAAUUAAAGGAGCAGAAUUCGGCUCAGCCACAAGCAAGUUUGAGAACAGGGGAUGGGAAUUCACCCCAGCAGCUAUUUGAGGACCAUAGUUUGGCUCAGCCACAAGCGAGUUCGAGAACAGGGGAUGGGAAUUCACCCCAGCUGCAAUUUGAGGGUGAGAAUUUGGCCCAGGCACAUGUGAGUUCAAGAGCAGGGGAUAGGAAUUCACCUCGGCCUCAAAGCUCAACACAUAAGGAUGUGAAUUCUCCUCAGCCUCAGGAAAAUUCAAGAUCAGAUGAUGGGAACACGUCUCAGCUAGAAGUGAGUUCAACACAUAAGGAUGUGAAUUCUCCUCAGCCUCAGGAAAAUUCAAGACCAGAUGAUGGCAACACAUCUCAGCUAGAAGUGAGUUCAAGAUUGGAGGACGGGAGUUUGCCUCACCCGGAAUUAAUUUCAAAGUUGGAAGACAGGGCUUCUCUGCAGCUAGAUAAUUCAAUACUGGAAGAUGAAAAUUUGUCUCAGCCACAAGUGAAUUUGAGAUUGGAGGAAGGGAGUUCACCUCAACCACUAGUCAAUUCCACAUUAGAGGAUCAGAAUCUGGCUCAGCCGCCUUCCCCGCCAGUUUCUGACCACUUGCCCAGCCAUCAGCAGCCCGAGCCUUCUAACCUCAAUAUUCGGCGGGAGGAUGAUACAUCAUCGAGCCCCAUCCAUAGGCACAGCGCGAUUUCUGAUGACUUGCACAGCCAUCAGCAGGCUGAACCUUCUAACCCCAAUGUUCAGCAGGAGGAGGAUGGACCUUCUAGCCCUAUUUAUGGGCAUGACCCAGUUCCUAGCACUGGGUACCGACAUUCCGAGAAUGUGACUGUGGAGCCGAGUCAAGAGGACCGAUUCAAGAUCAAUCUGGCCUUGAAGUCAAAGCAGGAGAAACAAGAGAUACGCUGGAAGCUUGAAAGUGAGCUUGGUGUAGUGAGAAAUUUGGUCAAGAGGAUUGAAGUGAAACAGGGGCAUGUUGGUGCUUAUGGCAAUUCAAAUGUUGGUGCUUAUGGCAAUUCAAAUGUAGGUGCUUAUGGCAAUUCAAAUGUAGGUGCUUAUGGCAAUUCAAAUGUGGUGUUGGGUGGUGGGAUCUCUAAUGGAGGUGGUGCAAAGCGUGCUCACUCAGAGGUAGCCUCUGCUGGUGUUUCGCGACAACCUACCAGGCCUUUGCACCAGUUAAGUUUUCCAAUGUUCCAUAAUAGUCAAGGGGUCAGUGAAAAUGUUGAGAAGGAAAAGAGAAUGCCUAAAGCAAACCAGUUUUAUCGUAACUCAGAGUUCCUGCUUGCAAAAGAUAAAUUCCCUCCUGCAGAGAGCAACAAGAAGUCAAAAUUGAAUUGGAAGAAGCAAGGUGGUGGAGAAAUGGGUCCCGGGCUUCGAAUGGGAUCCAAGUUUUUCAAGAGCUGUAGUUCACUGCUUGAAAAAUUGAUGAAACACAAGCAUGGGUGGGUGUUUAAUUCUCCUGUUGAUGUUGAGGGUCUUGGUUUGCAUGACUAUUUUACGAUCAUCACUCAUCCAAUGGACUUGGGAACUGUGAAGACAAGGCUGAACAAGAAUUGGUACAAAUCACCGAAGGAAUUUGCAGAGGAUGUGAGACUCACUUUUGAUAAUGCUAUGACAUAUAAUCCAGAGGGACAGGAUGUUCAUGUAAUGGCAGAGCAUUUAUCAAAGGUUUUCGAGGACAGGUGGGCUAUAAUAGAGUCAGAUUACAAUCGUGAGAUGAGAUUUGGCAUGGAGUAUGGUGCACCUUCACCUUUGCCUAGAAGGGCUCCUACAUUUACUCCACCGCCUCUAGAUAUGCGACGAAUUUUGGACAGAUCCGAAUCUUUGGCACGAACUCCAAGAUCUAUGAACAAUACUCCAUCAAGUAGAACCCCAGCUCUAAAAAAGCCAAAGGCAAAAGAUCCCAAUAAAAGAGACAUGACAUUUGAUGAAAAGCAAAAACUAAGCACAAACCUUCAGGGUUUACCUCCGGAGAAGCUUGAUGCUAUUGUACUCAUCAUUAAGAGGAGAAAUUUAGCCUUGAAUCAACAUGAUGAUGAAAUUGAAGUGGACAUUGAUAGCGUGGAUGCUGAGACUCUUUGGGAGCUUGAUAGAUUUGUGACCAACUAUAAGAAAAGUUUGAGCAAAAACAAGAGGAGGGCCGAAGUUGCUCGAGCUAGAGCAGAAGCUUUGCAGAAUUCCAUCCAGAGGAGCCAGCCACCAGCUACGAUAGAGAUUUCUAGAGAACCACAAGCAGAUGAAAGAAAUGUUCCCCCAUCCUUGCCUGUGCAAGGGGGAAGUCAAGCAGAUAAUAGAAGUAGAUCAAGUAGUUCAAGCAGCUCAAGCAGUGAUUCCGGGUCUUCUUCAAGUGAUUCUGAUAGUGACAGUUCCUCAGCCUCGGGAUCUGAUGCAGGGUCACAAGGAACAUGAUAUAAUGCUAGAUGUUAGAUGUUUAGAUUAGAUAAUGAUGGCGACAGUUGCCUAGUGUUGGUGUUUGAAGGUUGGAGAUUAACAGUUGGAUUAUAGUGGAAGGGCGUGGGAAAUCCUACUGAUGUAGUAUGGGAGUUUUUGUUCCCACAUUUCUUGUAUAAUAAUGUUUGGUAGGAUGUGAUGAUAUGGUUAAUUAGGUAGGGUAGUUAGUGUUCCGUAGCAUGUGUACAUUGCUAACUACUGCUGCGCAUUGAGUUUUCCUUGAUGACAUUUUUGUUGUUUGUGCUGGCAGAUUCAUGAAUUUUUGGUGUUAUACAAAAAUAAUACUUGUCAUGUAAUUUUCUACAUCUUCAAAAUACCAUUCCAUGUACUAGCUUACAACUGUGAAAUUUUUAUUCAAGGGAGAAUUCAAUCUGUGGUAGUACAAGAAAGGCAAUUUUUGGUCA